AUGGGGGCUCUCCUCAUUCCCCUUCUUUUGAUACCAUUAAUAACAGCAUCCACUUCCUCAUGUCAUAAUUCGUUGUACGUGCGGUGGCCGGGGGUGAGGUUAAACUUUCGCGCAAUCUCCUCGGGAAAACUCUCGCUAAGAGCAUGCCAAAGUGCUUGCUCGUUAGGCGAAGAUCCGCUGCAAGCUGGAAAAUCCCUGGAAUGUGCCGCGUUGAAUCACCAGACUUCGGUCGACAACGUCAAUCAUCAUUGUGACGUGUUUCAGCCUCACCAACUCCAAAAUGUUGACGGUUUCGUCGAAGCUGAUGAUCGAUACUCGUUCUAUUGGAAAUACUGUGUUGAUUCCUCAAAGAAAUGCGGAAACGAUCACGCGUUCACGUUUAUGUCUGAUCGAUAUAUGGAUGCGGCGGAGGUGGCUGAAGUCCGACACACGAGCAGUCUCGAGGAUUGUCUAGCCGCGUGUCUCAACGAAGAAAAAUUCCCCUGUCGUUCUCUUUCUUUCAAUCGCACCGAUGGCGGUUGUCACAUGUCAGCGAACAAUCAGCUCACUAAACCGAAAGCCAUCAAACUCAACAACAAUCCGAAUUUCCGAAUCGAUUACUAUGAGAAUAAUUGCUAUAAUAUGUCUGAUAGCUACAAGUUCAACUAUGAAUGCCGGGAUGACGGGGUCCUCGUCUCAAUCGAUAGCAAAUUUCCCUACACCGGCGCACUAUACGGUCUCUACGAUUUUUUCACUUGUCGAAUCGAGCCGAAAGAGCAGACGAAAUUCGAGUACUUCUUCCCGUCGCCGACGAAGAGUAAAAAGUGCAGUGACAGUAUCAGAUAUAAGGGAGAUGACAUGAUCUUGGAUGUGGUUUUGUCGACGGAUGGCGUUGAACCGUUGUACUUCAUCACGCCCGACGAUAUGACCUUCCAGGCAAAAUGCCCGAUCGCUCCAAUGGCCUCAACGCCGACUCAUUCACUCAAUCCAUUCCCCCAGGCUCCAGCUUCAUCCAAUGACAUCACCGCCGAUCAGUUUGCCGCUUCUGCUCAUGCUUUGUUCUCUCUUUUAUCACGCGAAAGUGUUAAAGAAACUGUGCCGGUAAUAACGUCUGGAAUUGGAAAUGAGACAAGGAUGACAGUGAAGAUGGAGAAUCACGGUGGAGCUAAAGUUUUUGCAACAAGUCAACCGGCAAAGGAGGUCGUGAAAGUGACCGAAACACCGAAAAUCGUCUCAACAAUUGUGACAACAACUCCGAAAGUGACAAGCGAUUUGACGAAAAAACCGGAGGCCACGACAGUGAAAAUGGCAGAAAUGACAACGACACGGGCCACCACGACAAAGAUGAUUCCUUUCCAGUCAUCAACUCCUCCAAAAGAUGAAUGGAAUUCGAUGAAUGUCCAUUUGGCGCGAGCUCCAUCGAGACCACUCCCCGUUUCAUCGACCACCACAACUACCUCAACCAUUGGACCGCCUGGAACUCAGACUGGCAUUGCGAAGAUCCGUCAACCAGUCUCUUUCGACAUUUUCCACAACGGGCGUCCUGUGGAAGCGGUGGUUGUCGGUAGUCGAAUCACUCUCGAUUUCACUCCACAUUUCCCGAUUUCUCCUAGCUACAUGUCCGUUCGUGGUUGUCAAGUGGAGCCGAUUGAUCCAAGAUACGAAUGGGAGAAAGAGCCGCUGCCGAUUAUCCGAGAUGGAUGUCCGGCUGAUUUCGUGGGACUCGCUUGCCCACCGACGGCCAGUGAUCACGGAAUGAAGGUUUCAAUCGAGGCAUUCCGCUAUCAGACAACGGCACACGUGCAAUACACUUGCCUCAUCCGGGUUUGCCCGUUCGCCGAGUGCCCAAGAUCCGAAUGUCCGAUUGUUGAUGGCUGUGAUUCUCGAUUUUCCUCAAUGCGAUCAAGAAGGGGUCUCUCGCUUGACGAGAUUCGACGAGCAUUAGAAGCUGAUCCAAAUCUCCAACGACAAAUCGGUCUCCCAUCGAUGCUCGGGAAAAAUUCGGCGGCUGCAACCGAACAGCAACUCUUGGCUUUGGCCGGCGAUCACGUCGUCAAGAGGCGGCUCGUUGUCGUCAAUUCCGAGGAUCAACUACGAUACUAUGUGAGAACCGGAGAAAUGCCU